AUGCUACAAAAUAGUUUAAAUAUCGCAACAAAACCCAGCAACCAGCAGCAACAGUUAGAAACAACUGUGAUAUCGAAUAAAAGUAAUAAUGUAAGUGAUGAUCUGCUUGCAAAUGCCUUAAAUCAGAAUCAAGUAAGUUUCGACUCUAAUGAAUACCUGCAAAAUCCUGUCAAGCAAUUAUUCCGCUCACAAAAUCCUGGCCUUGCUGCUGCUACAAAUGCUGCCGCCGCAGCUGCAGCAGCUGCGGCUGCCACAACAGCUGGUGCACCUCCUGGCGCACCCAAUGGCACAAUGCAACCGCAACAAAUGCAAAUGGCUGCUGCCUCACAACAGUUCUUGGCUGCCCAACAGAAUGCUGCAUAUGCAGCCCAGCAGGCAGCACCCUACGUGAUUAAUCCGGGUCAAGAUGCAGCACCCUAUAUGGGUUUAAUAGCAGCACAAAUGCCACCAUACUAUGGUGUAGCACCUUGGGGCAUGUAUCCAGGCAAUUUAAUACCACAACAAGGCACACAACCAAGAAGGCCGUUAACGCCCUCACAACAAGGGGCCGAAAAUCAAUCUUAUCAGGUUAUACCGGCAUUUUUUGAUCAGAGCGGUUCGCUUGUUAUGGGACCACGUACAGGAACACCAAUGCGCCUUGUUAGUCCAGCACCUGUUUUAGUGCCACCAGGCGCCGCACGUGCCGGACCACCACCACCACAAGGUCCACCCCAACUAUAUCCGCCACAACCCCAAACAGCACAACAGAAUUUAUAUUCACAACAAAAUGGUUCAAGUGUUGGAGGUCUUGCUUUGAAUACAUCAUCAUUGACCGGAAGACGAGAUUCAUUUGAUCGCACCACUUCUGCCUUUAGUCCCUCAGCGAUGGAUUAUACCAACAGUAAUGCUGCUGCCGCCAAUGCGGUUUCGACCACAGUAGCACAAGCAGCCGCCGCAGCAGCAGCUGCUGCCGCUGCUCGCGGCAAAUGGCCGGGUGCAGUGACCAAUACAUAUGGUGCUUUAGGAGCAACAGCUUCAGCCAGUCCCAUCGGAGCUGCCAUUACACCACCUCCACCACCACAAUCGUGCCUAAUUAAUAAUCGUGCUCCAGGAGCUGAAACUAAAUAUCGUCAACAAAUGGCUGUGGGUUUGCCACCAGCUGCAGCAGCUGCCCAAGCGGCGGCCGUGGCAGCAGCUGCCAACAAUAUGUUUGGUUCAAAUAGUUCAUUAUUCUCUAAGCACUUGGCUAUACCGGGUACGACACCAGCCGCAGCUGCUGCUGCAGCAGCUGCCGCCGCCGCUGCGGCUGCUACCAGACAAACAGUGGCAGCCGGUGUGGGAAGUGUAGGAGCGGCCGCCGCCGCAGCUGCAGCAGCAGCCGCGGCUGCUGGUGGUGCUGCCCAACCGGGUCGUUCGCGUCUCCUAGAAGAUUUCCGCAACCAACGUUAUCCCAAUCUACAGUUGCGUGACUUGGCCAAUCAUAUAGUCGAGUUUUCACAAGAUCAACAUGGCUCCCGUUUCAUACAACAAAAACUUGAACGUGCUACCGCAGCUGAAAAGCAAAUGGUCUUUAAUGAAAUCCUAGGUGCUGCCUACAGUCUCAUGACUGAUGUCUUUGGCAAUUAUGUCAUACAGAAAUUCUUUGAAUUCGGCACUCCCGAACAGAAAAACACUUUGGGCAUGCAGGUCAAGGGUCAUGUACUACAGCUGGCGCUACAAAUGUACGGCUGCCGGGUUAUACAAAAAGCCCUAGAAUCAAUUUCGGCCGAACAGCAACAGGAAAUUGUACGUGAAUUGGAUGGCAACGUUUUGAAGUGUGUGAAAGAUCAGAAUGGCAAUCAUGUUGUACAGAAAUGCAUUGAAUGCGUUGAUCCCUCAGCAUUGCAGUUCAUCAUAAAUGCCUUCAAGAGUCAGGUGUAUUCGUUGAGUACUCAUCCCUACGGUUGUCGUGUUAUACAACGCAUUCUAGAGCAUUGCACUGCGGAGCAGACACAGCCCAUAUUGGAUGAAUUACACGAGCAUACAGAACAAUUGAUACAGGAUCAAUAUGGCAAUUAUGUUAUACAACAUGUAUUGGAACAUGGCAAACCUGAGGAUAAAUCAAUUUUAAUUAAUAGUGUAAGAGGCAAAGUAUUGGUUUUGUCACAACACAAAUUUGCUUCCAAUGUUGUUGAGAAAUGUGUUACACAUGCCACACGAUCUGAGCGUACAGCACUUAUUGAUGAAGUCUGUACAUUUAAUGACAAUGCCUUACACGUUAUGAUGAAAGAUCAGUAUGCCAACUAUGUGGUACAAAAAAUGAUCGAUGUCUCGGAACCGACACAACUUAAGAAACUCAUGAAUAAAAUACGACCCCAUAUGGCAGCGCUACGCAAAUACACUUACGGCAAACACAUUAAUGCCAAAUUGGAAAAGUAUUUCAUGAAAACCUCCAAUCCCAUCACAACAACAGCCACCAGCACACCAGGCGUAGUGGGUGUCGGCAUAGGUGGUAUAGCGGCCUCCUCGGCUAAUACCACAGCUGGCAUAACAGUAACAGCGGGCAAUACCAUAACAACAGCAGCUGCCAUUACCACAGCAGCAAAUACCGCCACAGCAACAGCAGUUACACCUGCUUCUGUCAGCCAGCAGCAGCAAUCAUUAGAGAAUGGCAUCAGUGUAAGCACACCUAUGGACACAAGUGCUGUCAAUGUCAGCAAUUCGGUAACAUCCGUAGUGACUAGCACCAAUUUGGGACCCAUUGGUCCACCCACUACAAAUGGGGUUUUGUAAGCUGGAUUUUUUACAUAACACACUGGAAAAUAGAAACUAAAUUUUCUUUCGUUUAAUUUAAGACUUUUAGUUAAGAGCAACGUUUGAUAAACAUAAUUAAUGUUAGACUUUAAGACAACAGCAAACAUUAUUUGAAACAAAAAUCAUUUAGAUAUUAUAAUUAAUUAAACAAAUCAAAAACUCGUAUUAAAGAGUUAAAGAAGAAAAAGAAAAGAAAAAAACUUCAAAUUGAUGAUAUAAAUAUGAAAACAAAAGGAAAUUCUAAACAAGAAACUCCAAACCAAAAGCCAACGCUUUAAGGUUUAAAAAAAGAAAACAGAAAAAACAAACUUACGAUUUUAAAUUGUUUAAAAAUUAACAACAAAAUAAGUGAUUUUUUUAAAAAACCCCACAACAACAAGAAGAAAUUGUAUAAAAAUAUAAAAACACUUUUUUAAAAAACUAAAUUUUGCUGAUAAUUAUGAUAAAAAUAAAGAAGAUGAAGAGAAAUCAACCCAAGAGAACACACACAAUUUGUUUAAGUUUAGUGGUAAUUUUUAUUAUUAUAAUUAUAAUUAAAUACUAUAAAUACAUAACUAUACAUAUUUACAUAUUUAUAUUUUUAAGACUAAAAAAAAGCAAACAACACAAGAAAAGCAUGUUUCGAAGAGUUAUUAAUGAUUUUUUUAAGAAAUUAUUUACAAAAAAAACUAAAGCUUUUUUGCCAAAUUAGGAAAAUUAUUUGGAGAGUUUUUAUAAA